AUGCAGCAGAUGUGCGCUCCGCCGUCUGAUCACCGUGAUGCCCUGGCUGACGUGAGGUGUUACGGACGUCACGGUGUUUGCCCGUUUCGCCGUACUGGUGUUUGCAGUAGUAUAGUAUAUUUCAUUAGUAUAAGCUGGCGGUACCAUGGCAGCGGGGAGCGGUUCGUGCUGGCGAGCGGGCGCGACCCGGCGCUGGUGAACAAGGCGUCCGACUUCCUCAAGGACCACCACUGCGUGCCACCCUACUGGCGCCAGGACGAGAACAAGGGCAUGGUCCGCGCCCCCGACGGCCGCUGGAUCCAGCCCGACCGCCGUGGCCACCUCCACGACGACCACCACCACGACGGUCACCACGUCGUCGACGGCGACCACCACGGCCACUUCCGCCACUUCCGCCAGCCGUAG